UUCCCUGUCUUUUCCUCCUUUUUCCUAAGGCCUUGGAUUGUAUACUGUAAAUUCAGCGUAUGGAGAUACCAUUAGCAUGCCUUGCCGACUCGACGUACCUCAGAAUCUCAUGUUUGGCAAAUGGAAAUAUGAAAAGCCUGACGGCUCCCCAGUGUUUAUCGCCUUCAGGUCCUCUACAAAGAAGAGCGUUCAGUAUGACAAUGUACCAGAAUACAAAGACAGACUGAGCCUCUCGGAAAACUACACUCUGUCCAUCAGCAACGCGAGGAUCGGCGACGAGAAGAGAUUUGUGUGCAUGCUCGUGACUGAGGACAACGUGUUCGAGGCCCCUACAAUAGUCAGGGUGUUCAAGCAACCAUCUAAACCUGAAAUUGUUAACAAAGCGCCAUUUCUUGAAACAGAGCAGCUAAAAAAGUUAGGUGACUGCAUUUCAAAAGACAGUUAUCCCGAUGGCAACAUCACGUGGUACAGGAGUGGGAAAGUGCUGCAGCCCCUCGAAGGAGCGGCGGUCAUAAUUUUUAAAAAGGAAGUGGACCCAGUAACUCAGCUCUAUACCAUGACUUCAUCCCUGGAGUACAAGACAACGAAGGCUGACAUACAAAUGCCGUUCACCUGCUCUGUGACAUAUUAUGGACCAUCAGGCCAGAAAACAGUUUAUUCCGAACAAGCAGUCUUUGAUAUCUACUAUCCUACAGAGCAGGUGACAAUACAAGUGCUGCCACCAAAAAGUGCCAUCAAAGAAGGGGACAAUAUCACUCUGAAAUGCUUGGGAAAUGGUAACCCUCCUCCUGAGGAGUUUUUGUUUUACUUACCAGGACAGCCCGAGGGAAUACGAAGCUCGAACACUUACACUCUGACAGAUGUGAGGCGCAAUGCAACAGGAGACUACAGAUGCUCCCUGAUAGACAAGAAGAGCAUGAUUGCUUCAACCACCAUCACAGUUCACUAUUUGGAUUUGUCCUUAAAUCCAAGUGGGGAAGUGACCAAGCAGAUUGGCGAUGCCCUGCCGGUGUCGUGCACAAUAUCUGCUAGUAGGAACGCAACCGUGGUGUGGAUGAAAGAUAACACCAGGCUUAAAUCUAGCCCAUCAUUUUCUAGUCUCCACUAUCAGGAUGCGGGAAACUAUGUCUGCGAAACUGCCUUGCAGGAGGUGGAAGGACUAAAGAAAAGAGAGUCCUUGACUCUCAUUGUAGAAGGAAAACCUCAAAUCAAAAUGACAAAGAAAACCGAUCCCAGUGGACUGUCUAAAACAAUCAUCUGCCAUGUGGAAGGGUUUCCGAAGCCUGCUAUACAGUGGACAAUAACCGGUAGCGGGAGUGUCAUAAACCAAACAGAGGAAUCUCCUUAUAUCAAUGGCAGGUAUUAUAGUAAAAUUAUCAUUUCCCCUGAAGAGAAUGUUACAUUAACUUGCACAGCAGAAAACCAGCUGGAGAGAACAGUAAACUCCCUGAAUGUCUCUGCUAUAAGUAUUCCAGAACACGAUGAGGCAGACGAGAUAAGUGAUGAAAACAGAGAAAAGGUGAAUGACCAGGCAAAGCUAAUUGUGGGCAUCGUUGUUGGCCUCCUGCUUGCUGCCCUGGUUGCUGGUGUCGUCUACUGGCUGUACAUGAAGAAGUCAAAGACCGCAUCAAAACACGUAAACAAGGACCUUGGUAAUCUGGAGGAAAAUAAAAAGUUAGAAGAAAACAAUCACAAAACAGAAGCCUAAGAGAGAAACUGUUCUAGUUGUCCAGAGAAAAAACUAUAUAGGCCAAUUGAAGCAUGAACGUGGAUUGUAUUUAAGACAUAUACAGAGACAUUGACAGCAAUUCAUGGUUCAAAUAUUAAGCAGUUCAUUCUACCAAGCUGUCGCAGGAUUUAGAGAAUUAUCUCAAGUCAAACAAUGAAAUCGCAAACAAUAACAACAAGUUUUGGCAGCCAUGAUGAUAGGUCAUAUGUUGUGUUCGGUUUGACUUUUUUUUUCUUUUCUGUAAAUGUCUGCACUGAGGAUUUCCUUUUGGUUUGCCUCUUAUGUAAAUUUUUUACGUAGCUAUUUUUAUACACUGUAAGCUUUGUUCUGGGAGUUGCUGUUAAUCUGAUGUAUAAUGUAAUGUUUUUAUUUCAAUUGUUUAUAUGGAUAAUCUGAGCAGGUAUAUUUCUGAUUCUGAUUGCUAUCAGUAAUGCCCCCAAACCUUUUUACAAGCCCCUAAAAUCCCAAAGGUGGCCGCUUGUGAAGAUUGGGGACACACACAUUGCCCUGUUCCAAAACUGAUUUUUAUCACGAGACGGGGAGGCAGAGAGUCAGGUCGACAAGCAGGGGAUGGCCUGGCUCUCAGAAGUAAAUCCCACGUGCGUAUAGACACGCAUGCGUAAGAGCAGGACCCCCAGACGGACAAUAUUACCUAUACCUAAAAAAAUAACAGAAUGUGGGUAGCAUUUACCUUUCGAGACAUCUGCCUGUAAAUUAUUUUCUGUCAAAAGGAAAGAAAACCCACCAACAAUAUGCAAGAGACAGUUUGGAAAAAUCAUGGAUAACAUUUCCUUUUUCACAGAUCAGAAUGUAAAUCGCUGUAUUUAAAAAUUGGUGUCAAAUCCUUUGGGUUAUCCACUGCCUUAAAAUUGUACCCAUUUCCUUUUAAAAACGAUACCAGUCAGAAUUGGAGAUUUUUAACAGUGGUCAUUAUCAAAGCUGUGUUAUUUUCCACAGAAUAUAGAAUAUAUAUUUUUUUCGUGUGUGUUUUUGUUAACUACGCUACAGAUAUUGAAUGCACCUUGAGAUAAUUUAGUGUUUUUAACUGGUACAUAAUUUAUCGAGCAGUACAUAAAAGUGUAAUAAUAAAAUGUCUAUGUAUCUUUAGUUACAUUCAGAUUUGUAACUUUAUAAGCGUGUUUUAUGCUUGAGGAACUUUUUAGGGUGGUAGUGUACAUGGAAACUUUUUGAAGUAGACUGGAUAGGGGCCAAUAGCUACUUGUGACUAGACUUUUAAACUUCGCUCUUGCAAACAGAAGCCUGGAUUCUGGGAGAACACUGCACAGCCAUUUUGGUCCCAGGAUUUAUAUAACUUUAUCCUAAAAGAAAAUGAACAUCAGAUUCCCAGGUAUAGAACUGUGUUCUUGAGAGAAAGAGGAAAACUGGUGUUUGUUUUUUAGACUGAUGCACUAAAAAUUAUGAACGCAAUGAAAAAUAAAGUGACGAUCAAAGUCAGAUGGGGGUUAGGAAUACUAUUUUGCCACUCCUGCAUUAUUUAGAAACACAUGUUAUUGUACAUUUGUAAACCACUUACUGUCUGAGCGGUAGUGUCUCAGUUUAAUAAAAACUUCCUGUAGUGCACUGGUAUGGAUUAAAUACAUCAAAUAUCCUAUUAGACUCAAAGCUGUGUAAAAUAUUGGGGGGGGAGAAAAUGUGUUAUUUUGCCUCUAAACUUUGAUUUAUUGAAGUUUUAUUUGGCAGGAAAAGAAAUUGAAUCUUGGUCAAUAUUUAAACCAAAGUGAAAGGGGAAAAACCAAAGUUAUUUGUUUUGCAUGGCUAAGCCAUCCUGUUAUCUGUAAAUACUGUGAUUUCUCUUUUUUUCUUUUCGCUUUAGAAUUUUGUUAAAGAAAUUCUAAAAUUUUUAAACACCUGCUUUCCACAAUAAACCACGAACACUAAAAUGAAA